AUGAUACAGACGGGCCUUAUCCCGAAUGCUCACAGCGACCUCAUUACGGACGCGUCCUAUGACUUCUACGGUCUGCGCCUCGCCACUUGCAGUCUCGACCAAAGGAUCAAGAUUUGGAGACUUGACGAGACUAGCGGGGCUUGGAACGUAGAGGACGACUGGAAGGCCCACGACGCGUCCAUCUCCAAAGUCAGCUGGGCGCACCCCGAAUUUGGCACCGUCCUCGCGUCCGGGUCGUUCGACCGCACCGUCAAAGUAUGGGAGCAAGCCAACCCCGGCGACGGCGACGCGCCACAGCUGAACGGCGCCGGGCCCUCGAGCGCGUCGCGCUGGGUAGAGCGCGCGAUGCUCGUCGACGCGAAGGGCACCGUGCGCUCCGUUGAGUUCGCCCCACAUCACUUUGGAUUGAAGCUGGCGACGAUAUCGUCUGACAACUUCCUGCGCGUGUAUGAAUGCUUGGAGCAGCCGUCGCUCGCGACGUGGCAGCUGUCGGACGAGGUGGACGUGACGGCUCUGCCCUCGGCGUCCGCGCCGCGCUCGAUAGCGCCGACUGUCACUCUCACCACGCCGACGCAGCCGUCCGCAACGCUCGAUGCGGCCUCUGUCUCGCUCGCAGCGCACGCCGUACAACAGCAGCAGCAGCAAAGCCAACUGCCCAGCAGGCCAGGACUUGGCUACAGAGAAGCGGACGGAGGAUGGUGCAUAUCGUGGUGCAAAGACCGAUAUUGGGGCGAGAUCAUAGCAGCCUCCAGCGGGAUCAACGGCCUCGUCAAAAUCAUCCAACUCUCCGCGAGACCAUCAACGAUCCUCACACUCGACCCGACGCCCGCUCCGCGCCCACUAGGCGAUGGCGCCGCGCGAGGGACAGCCUCGCCGGCUGACGGCGACGCGCCCCAGCCGUACGCGAUCACGACCAUCUCCUGGGCCCCGUCUUGCGGCCGCUCGUACCACCUGGUCGCCACCGGCGGCCGCGACGGCCAUGUACGGAUAUGGCGCGUGAAGCCGCCCGCGCUGGAGGACGGCGGGGACACGGAUGGGACUGAGGGGUCGGACGCGCGGUGGUCUGCUGCUGUGGUGGCCGACUUUGACGACCACAAGUCGAGCGUAGGGCGAGUGGAGUGGAACGUCACAGGCACCGUCCUCUCGUCCUCUGGAAACGACGGGCGCGUGCGCCUAUGGAAGAUGACAGCGGGCAACGUGUGGAGACCCGCUGGGCACAUCAGUGUCGAACAGGCGGAGGAGCAGGCAGCGGACGUCGACAUGGACGAGGCUCCCGUGCAGGACUGA